AUGGCGGUGGACAACCGGGACACUCGCCCAAAGAACUGCAAGCAAAAAGGCCGCUCGGAUGAGACACUGCUCUUGAUCAGCCAGUCCCUCACUAACAUCUCCCGAAGUGAGAAACACUUGCGGGACACCUCAGCAUGCAACUUGGGCUUAGAGACGGAAGUGACGACCCCAAAGGGGAACCAACAUGAAGAAAGUGAGGAUGAGGAGCUGCCGCCCUGCAACUCUCCUCGGAAGAAAAAACAUCUGGACACGCCAAGGUGCCAAAUAAGCGAUGAAAUCAAAGACGAGGAGGUUCAGAUGGACAGUAAAGAAGGAGAGGAGAAGGCAGGAGAGAGAAAUGAUGGAAUCAAAGAUGAGGAGGUUCAGAUGGACGGUAAAGAUGGAGAGGACAAGGAAGGAGAGAGUUUAGCAUCCCUUAACUCCAACUACAGGGAGGGUGCAUAUUCAGGGAGUGAAUGCAACAACAGAACAUCUUCUCCAAUAUCGCUGGAGGACCUCGAGAAGUUUGCCAUGUGUCGCGCCCCCAGAGACAUGACCAUCCAGUGUCAGAUCACCAGAGACAGGAAAGGCCUGGGCAAGUCCAUGUACCCCACUUACUACCUCCAUGUGGAGAAAGAUGACGGAAAGAAGGUGUUUCUAAUGGCGGGCAGAAAACGGAAGAAGAGCACAACAUCCAACUAUCUCAUUUCAAUCGACCCGACAAAUCUGUACCGAGACUCCAGCGGCUACAUCGGAAAGCUCAGGUCCAAUGUCCUGGGGACAAAGUUCAGCGUUUAUGACUGUGGGGAAAACCCGAAGAAAAAGCCUUUGAUCAAAGAGUGUGAAUCCGUGCGACAGGAGCUGGCAGCCAUUUGUUACGAGCCAAACCCCCUGGGAUUUCGGGGUCCCAGGAAAAUGACAGUGAUCAUCCCUGGCAUGCUGGAAAAUGACGAAAGAGUGUCCAUUCGCCCCAAAACUGAACAUGACACACUGCUGGUGCGCCAUUCCAACAACAACACAGACAAACUGGUGACCCUGGUCAAUAAAUGCUCAAACUGGAACGAGCUCAAUGUGCUGAACUUCCACGGCCGUGUCACUCAGGCCUCUGUUAAAAACUUCCAGAUCAUCCAUCCGGAAAAUGACGACUACAUUGUGAUGCAGUUUGGACGCGUUUCUGAGGACGUCUUCUCCAUGGAUUACAGCUUCCCCAUGUGCGCCCUUCAGGCCUUUGCCAUCACGCUCUCGUCUUUUGACGGAAAACUGGCAUGCAAGUGAUCUUCAAGUGCU